UUUAUUUAUUUAUUAAUUUUUUUGGCUUUGAUGCUUUCAUUCUCUUUUUCUUCUCAGAAAUCUUCAUUUUUCUUCUCUCCCAAAGCUCAUUCUUAUUUUUUAGGCUUCGGUUUUCUCUUUUAUUCCUCAUUUUCUCGUGAAUUUUCUUUUCUGUUAAUUUUUUUUUUCUGUUUUUUUGGCUCAGGCUCGCUCAAUUUUGAGCCUUAAUAGCCAGUGUUUUCGAUUCGCGGUGUAGAAUUUGUUGGAGUUUUGAGGUUUUUUAAAACCUUUCAGAAAGAUGAUGGUCGAAGAUCUUGGAGUGGAAGCAAAAGAAGCGGCCGUACGAGAGGUCGCCAAGCUCUUGCCGCUUCCCGAGCUCUUGCAGUCCAUCUCUUCCAUCAAAGCCGAUUACAUUACCCGCCAACAGGCAAAUGAUGCACAACUUAGUACGAUGGUUGCCGAGCAGGUUGAACAGGCGCAAGCUGGACUUGAAUCGCUAUCCUUAUCGCAGAAGUCAAUAAAACAGCUCCGAGGGAAUUUUAUAGCUAUCGAAAAGCUAUGUCAAGAAUGCCAAAAUUUAAUUGAGAAUCAUGAUCAGAUAAAGCUCCUUAGCAAUGCAAGGAAUAACUUAAAUACAACGCUAAAGGAUGUUGAGGGUAUGAUGUCCAUUUCUGAUGAAGCAGCUGAGGCACGAGACUCUUUAAGUGAUGAUAAAGAACUUGUUAAUACUUACGAGAGGUUAACAGCUCUUGAUGGGAAACGGAGGUUUGCAUUAGCAGCUGCAGGAUCUCACAAGGAAGAAGUUGGCAGGCUAAGGGAAUAUUUUGAAGAUGUAGAUCGGACCUGGGAGACAUUUGAGAAGACAUUAUGGGGCCAUAUUUCCAACUUUUAUAAACUUUCUAAAGAAAGCCCACAAACUUUGGUUCGUGCUUUGAGGGUUGUUGAAAUGCAAGAAAUUCUUGAUCAGCAAGUUGCUGAGGAGGCAGCUGAGGCUGAGGGAGGUGGUGCUAUGGCUGCAAUUGCAAAUCCUCGCAGAACUGCCAAAAAGUCUACUGCUUCAUCAGUUUCUUCAAGAAACCUAACACAGCAGAAAUUGAAGGUUCAGGGAAAAGGCUAUAAGGAUAAAUGCUAUGAGCAAAUAAGAAAGACUGUUGAAGGACGAUUUAAUAAGCUUUUGAAAGAGCUUGUUUUCAAGGAUCUUAAAGCAGCAUUAGAGGAAGCUCGAACGAUUGGAGAAGAGCUUGGAGACAUUUAUGACUACGUUGCCCCUUGUUUCCCUCCAAGAUAUGAGAUAUUCCAACUCAUGGUGAACCUAUAUACCGAGAGGUUCAUUCAGAUGCUUAGAUUGCUCAGUGACAGGGCAAAUGAAUUGACAAACAUAGAGAUUUUGAAGGUAACAGGUUGGGUGGUUGAAUACCAAGAGAAUCUGAUUGGGCUUGGUGUUGAUGAGUCUCUAGCUCAAGUUUGUUCGGAGAGUGGUGCCAUGGAUCCCUUGAUGAAUUCGUAUGUCGAGAGAAUGCAAGCUACAACAAGGAAAUGGUACUUGAAUAUUUUAGAAGCUGAUAAGGUACAACCACCCAAGAAAACGGAAGAUGGAAAACUAUAUACACCGGCUGCUGUUGAUUUGUUCAGGAUUCUAGGCGAGCAAGUGCAAAUUGUUCGAGAUAAUAGUACUGAUCUUAUGCUAUACAGAAUUGCUUUGGCAAUUAUUCAGGUGAUGAUUGACUUUCAAGCAGCUGAAAGGCGAAGACUUGAAGAACCAGCUUCUGAAAUUGGUUUGGAGCCUUUAUGUGCUAUGAUUAACAAUAAUUUGCGUUGCUAUGAUCUUGCAAUGGAGCUAAGUAAUAGCACAAUAGAAGCUCUUCCACAGAACUAUGCUGAGCAGGUAAAUUUUGAGGACACUUGCAAAGGUUUCUUAGAGGUUGCAAAGGAGGCUGUCCAUCAAACAGUUAGUGUUAUCUUUGAAGAUCCUGGGGUGCAGGAGUUACUUGUCAAGCUAUAUCAGAAAGAAUGGGCAGAAGGACAGGUUACUGAGUAUCUAGUUGCAACAUUCGGUGAUUAUUUUACAGAUGUAAAGAUGUACAUUGAAGAAAGAUCAUUCAGGAGAUUUGUUGAGGCUUGCCUGGAGGAAUCGGUGGUUGUCUAUGUUGAUCAUCUUCUAGUCCAGAGGAACUACAUUAAAGAAGAGACUAUUGAACGGAUGAGAUUAGAUGAAGAGGUUCUCAUGGAUUUUUUCAGGGAGUAUAUCAGUGUUUCUAAAGUCGAAAACCGAGUAAGAAUCCUGAGUGAUUUAAGAGAACUUGCUUCAGCAGAGAGCCUGGAUACCUUCACACUCAUUUAUACAAACAUUCUUGAACACCAACCUGACUGCCCGCCCGAGGUUGUUGAGAAGCUUGUCGGAAUGAGAGAAGGCAUACCGCGAAAGGAUGCCAAGGAGGUGGUACAAGAGUGCAAAGAGAUAUAUGAGAAUUCUCUUGUUGAUGGAAACCCCUCAAAGGCAGGUUUUGUUUUCCCAAGAGUCAAGUGUUUAGCUGCUUCCAAGGGAUCCUUAUGGCGAAAGCUCACUUAGUUCAAGCAAUGCCAAGACUCUGGAUCGGAAAUAUUGCUUUUAUUUAUUUGACUUUGUAAACUAUUUUUGCUCUUUGUAUUUUUAAUUUUUUUUUUUUUUUUAGUGGUAAUGUAUUAUUUGAGGAAAUGUGUAAUAAGAUUGCUAUUGCAAUUCGAGCUUGUAGUCUAAAUUUUCUGGAAGGCUUACCUAAGUCUUUUUGUUUUUAUUUUUAUUAUAAUUUAUUACUUAUUCUUUCA